GUGUGUGUGUGUGUGUGUGUGUGUGUGUGUGUGUGUGUGUGUGUGUGUGUGUGUGUGUGUGUGUGUGUGUGUGUGUGUGUGUGUGUGUGUGUGUGUGUGUGUGUGUGCGUGUGUGUGUGUGUGUGUGUGUGUGUGUGUGUGUGUGCGUGCGUGUGUGUGUGUGUGUGUGUGUGUGUGUGUGUGUGUGUGUGUGUGUGUGUGUGUGUGUGUGUGUGUGUGUGUGUGUGUGUGUGUGUGUGUGUGUGUGUGUGUGUGUGUGUGUGUGCGUGUGUGUGUGUGUGUGUGUGUGUGUGUGUGUGUGUGUGUGUGUGUGUGUGUGUGUGUGUGUGUGUGUGUGUGUGUGUGUGUGUGUGUGUGUGUGUGUGUUUGUUUUUAAGUGGACCAUGUUUUACUUUAACCUGUAACGUGUGGACAUUUCUUCUCGUGGGGACAUUGUGGAGCAGCCUGAACUGAAGGAACUUUUAGGUUGGGGUUAGGAGAGAGCAGCAUUGGUUAGGAUUUUGUUUCUGCCUCCUGCAGCCUUUAAAAUGACAUAAAUGGAAAUAAUUUGUGGUUUUAUUCGCGCACCUUUUUGCUCAUAAUGAACAUGGAGCUUAUUUCAGCUCAGCCGUGAAACCUCCCCUCGCCUCUAAUCUCCUGGCAGAACACACACCCGCGGUGGGAGGGGACCGGGACCGGACCGAACAGGGGACCCAGCAGACUUCAGAGGACCUUGAUCACCAUGGAGACCCACGCGCUCAGCCUCCUACUCAUCGCCCUCGCGACCCUGCUGCUGCUUCCUCCGGGACCGGGACUCCGGCAGCCGGUGGUGGGAGCGGAGUACUCCACCAAAACCGAUCCGGAUUACGAGUUCGGUGACUACCGGGGGAAGUGGUGCAUCGAUGACCACGGCUUCGUUUACAACAUCGGAGAAGUUUACUUUCCAAGUCCAACCGCGUGUCCGUGCACGUGCACAGUGGACGGUCCAGUGUGCGUGCGACCCAGGUGUCCCCGCAUCCACCCGCGGUGCACGAGGAUCCGGUUCAAGGCGUGCUGCCCGGUGUGUGAGGCCAUGGCCCGGGUGUGUGUGUACGGAGGCAAAACCUACAGACCUCUGGAGGAGUUCAGGCUGUCGAGGUGUGAGCGUUGCCGCUGCGAGGCCAACAGAGAGGUCUACUGCAGCAUCUCUGACUGUCCAGCACCACACUGUGUCAACCCCACAUAUCAGCCCAACCACUGCUGUCCCAUCUGUAAGACGGAAUCCUGGCUGCAGCAAGAGGACUUUGUUAGUUUAAACGAGUCGACUCCUUCUAAUUAUUCAAAUCAUCAUAUUGUUCGAAGUACAGGGCGAGGAGGAAGAGUAGCAACCAUUUUUCAUUCGGACUUAUUAAUCAGUCCCUUACCAAUUAAUAGCUACAGUUAGUUUGAACAUCUUAUUCUUAGUUUUACUAAUCCAGAUUGCAAAACUGUAAAACCACUCUUGUUUGUUUGUAGUUUUGUAUCGUCCACCAGGCCCUUACUCUGAGUUUUUGGAUCAGAUCUCUGAUUUUUUUUAUCUGACUUGGUGCUAAAAUACUGAUGAGGUCAUUGUAGUGGGGGAUUUUAACAUUCAUGUGGACAUUGAAAAUGAUAGCCUCAGUGUAGCCUUUAGUAAUAUCUUAGACUCUAUUGGUUUUACUCAAAGAAUACAUAGCUCCACCCACUCCUGCCAUCAUACAUUAGACCUUGUGCUGACUUAUAGCAUAGAGUGUGAAGAAAUAACGAUCUUUCCAUAUAAUCCAGUCCUCUCUGACCACUUUCUGAUAACCUUUGAGUUUUUUAUAACUGAGUUCUGGAGACAUGAAAGUAAAUUUCACCAUAGUCGGUCUCUAUCUGACAAUGCAGUUGCAUCUUUUAAAUCAACUGUUCCAUCUUUACUGUCCUCAGCAUCUCAGAGGCAUGUAGCAGAGGGCAAUAUUUUCAGUUCUAGCCCCUCACAAAUUGAUGCCUUAGUUCAUCAUGUUAAUUCCUCUUUACGUGUGGCAUUAGAUGAUGUUGCCCCUUUAAAAAAGAAGGUAAUUAGGGACAGGAAGUUGGCUCCCUGGUGUGUGUGUGUGUGUGUGUGUGUGUGUGUGUGUGUGUGUGUGUGUGUGUGUGUGUGUGUGUGGUCUGCAGAGAAAAGAAAGACAUUGAGCACAAAGUUGAAAACACUUUGCUUUAAUAUGUAUAGUUAUCACAGUGUGAACUGUAAUGUUCAGGAGCAGACACAUAGCCUACUUACUAUUUGAGCAGAGCUCAUUUAUUGAACCUCUACCUUUGUAUACUAAAAACAACCUUUAGCCUAAAGUAACUGCUUUUCUUUCAGAAAAAUUAGUACUUUAAUGUAACAGUUGGCUUAUAACAUUUUCUUUCACCUAUCCACAAUUAAUGUAACACUUUGUUUAAUUUGUCAAAGUGUGAAUGACAUAAUCUAACAAAAGGUGCUGUUCAGACCAGUCUAAGCUAAGUCAGCUCCUAGCUUAGUCUACAUGUGGUGAUAAAUGCAUCAACUCACAUUAAACUAAACACAAGAAAAGGUUCAUUUUCUUGUCAAAUUUAACUUGACAAUUAAAUUUAAUAUUGAAAGGUUGGUAGAAAAGAUACUUUGAUAAAAUCGGUCUUUGUCAGACAUGUGACCUGCAUGUCAACCACACCCCAUUGCGCCAUUUUAGGCGUAGGACUUGCGUUGCAGCUGAAGCAGAAGAAUAGUCAAAAGGAUGGAUAGAAAGAACUAGGACGAACACAUCUUAGGAUAAACUUGUGAAGGAGGCUAGUGAUUUCAGAAAUUGUCUAUAGUUGACAUUGUAGACUGGGGCUGCUCAGUUAAUCGAAUUUUAAUCACAAUUGCAAUCUGGGUUUUGAAUGAUUAUAAAAACCAAACAAGCCAAUUAUUUGCUCCUCCCUUCUGUACUCUGCACAUCUCCCACAUAGUCGCCAGCUUAUUUCUAAAAGCUUUUCAGACUCCCUUCUUAAGUUUUAUCCCAAAAGCACCUGGCAAACAACUUAGCAAUAUUUCUGGUAACUUUUAGCUAUUUUCUGUAUAACUUUGUUGUCGAUAAUUUCUGCAGGUUUGCAAAACAUUUAGGAAAGCAAAUGAAGUGUGCCAUAGAAACCAUGGUUCAGUAAACGUCCCCUAGCCAGCCCAUAUUCUUUGAUGUUCUUCUGACAUGUCUUACCUUUAGGCCAUGUAAUGGAACAGCACCUUCUAUAUAGCACAACUCUUGUCAUCACUGGAUUGCCGAAAGUUUGGGACCAUUGAGGUGACCUCUAGCGUUUUUGCUUAGGAGUGGUUUUCAUCUGGGACCUCAUGCAGCCACGUGUGCCUGGUCUUUCACAUCCUGGAGUCAUGAACACUUUGGAUGUAUGGAGCUAGGAUUGGGACAAUAUUCAAUGUAACUUGUACCAAGUUUUGUAACUUGGAACAUAUUUCAUGACAUGUAACUUUGGAUUCGUAACUUGUAACUUUAGUUUCCUAACUUGUAAUUCUAAAUUUGUACUUGUAUUUCUUGUUUUGUACCAGGAAAUUUUCAUUUUGUACAUGUAUUUUUUAUUUUGUAAAAUCAGAGUUUUAUUUUGUACAUUUACUACUCAUUUUGUAACAGCAAACAUUCAUUCAGAAACAUGAAACUUUCGGGUUUUUACCUAGCAGACUUCCAAAAUAAAAAAAUCAAUGUACAUGUUUGAAAUCAAAACUCUCAAAACACACAUUUCAUUCUACAGGUACAAACCUCAAAUCUACAGUGUUACAGAUCAUUUUGUCUCUAUUCUAGCUUCGGUGGGAGGAACCAGGGUGGAACCAAUGAGAGCACGAGUCUUAGCUACCAAUCACGUUUCUCGAAUUCCUGUCCAAUCAUUGGGAGAGGAGGGCAGGGUUCUGUCAGAGCUGUAGAGAGAGUUACGACACUCCUAUGGAAAGAAUGGAAUGCGGAAGUCAUGUGGUUCAUGUAGCUUUUUUUUAUUAUUGUACAAAUUCACAAAUACAGCGCAUAUCUUACAAAUCAACAAGAUAUGAAUAAGUACAGGCGGUUAAGAACAAAGCAGCCAUCUAACAAAGAACAACAGAAAAGAACAGUAUAGGUGAGAAAUAACAUAAAGCAGCAUACAAGUACAUUAAAUGACCUUCCAUAUAAGUAAACAAAGAAAACAAAGCAAAAACAGAAGUAUGCACAUACAGUCUAGCUACAUCAGUUGAAAAGCAGCAUCAAAAAUUCAAGUAAGAUGUGAGCUUUAUUUAAUUUACACUUAUCUAAUGAAGCCUUCAAUAGAAGGACUUCAUUUUUAAAAACAGCAAAAAUCAGAGUAAUUUUUAAGAAGCGACAUUUAUGAAUGAAAAAUUUUGCAACUAUAAAUAAGUUGUUAAUCCCAAAUUCUAUUUUCUUAUUUUCUGUUUGUAGGCCAAAUCUAAUUACUUGAAAGGUUAGAGAAGGGCAGUCAAUAUUUUUAGAGGUUAACCAGUACUGAAAAUCAUCCCAAAAAGAUCUGGAACUGUUACAUGCAUAAAAAAAGGUGCUCUGUAUUCUCAAUAUCAGUGUUGCAAAAAGUGCAUGUGUUCGUAUCUAUAUUGAAUUUCUUAUGAAGAUAGUCCUUGGACGGGUAUAUGGCAUUUAAAAUUUUAGAGUGAUUUUCUUUUGCUUUUGGUGGAAUUGGAAAAGAAAGAUACUUAAUCAAAAACCUAGAAUUAUAAUCUUUAAAUAAAUAUUCUCUUUUUAAUUGAGAAGGAAAAAGUUGUUUGGUUAGAAUUGUCCUUAAAAAUUUAUUAUUGCAUGACUUUCCUUUAAAUUGACGAUCAUCAAUAAUUAAGGACAGAGGAAGAAUAGGUUAAACUGGCUUUAGCAAUCUGAAUCAUUGCAGGGGGAAUGGCUUUCACAGCUUUAAUGAAUUUACUUUGAGUACAUGAUACGCCAUAAUUGUCUAUGAAUUUAUUAUACCAUCAUUGCCAUCAUUGUCUAACAGGUGUAAAACUGUCCAAAUUCCAUGAUCCAUCCAAUCCUUAUAAAAAUUUAUUUUCUAUUUAUCAAUAUACAUCUGUUGUUCCAAAUUGAAUUUGUAUGUGGAGAAAAAUAAUUUUCCAGUACUGAAGAACCUGUUUAUGAAAAUUAGAUAAUUUAAUAGGUAUUUUGGAAAUGUCAAAGUCACACUUUAAGAGAAAUUCAAUGCCACCAAGCUUCUCGAAAAUUAUUUUAGGGAAAUAAAACCAAAUACUGUUUGAGUUAUUUAUGAAAGACUGCAACCAUUUGAGUUUGAUGGAACCAUCCAUUGCUUCAAAAUCAAUCACAUUCAAACCUCCUUCUUCAAAUGAUCUCACUACAUCAUUCUUCCUAGCUUGUUUCUCCAAAUGUAAUUAAAGUUAAUUUGAUUUAUAUUAUUGAUUAGUCUAUUGGAAACAUAUAAGCAUUGUGAUGGAUAAAUCAGUCGAGAGAUGCCUUCUGUUUUGGUAAGUAAGACGCGUCCAAAGAUGGAGAGGUCUCUUUGUAACCAGCUGAUUAGGAUCUUUUUAGAUUUCUAGGUAAUAUGCUCAAAAUUUAGAUUUUGUAUUAUUUGUAUUCUUUGAGAUUAUAAUACCCAAAUAUUUAAUUUCAGUUUUAAUAGUUAUGUCAAGAGAGAUACUGGGUUCACAAUCAUGAAUAUUUAAUAAUUCACAUUUUCUGAUAUUCAGGUACAAACCAGAGGCCUUUGAAAAUAGUGAAAUUUCAUUUAGUGCGAGAGGAACCUGUGACGUGUUCUUUAAAAAUAGUGUAGUAUCAUCUGCUAAUUGACUUAUGAUCAAUGGGGCUCCUAUCAAGUUCAGUGGUUGAAUAUUUGGAUUGUAUUUCAUGAAAAUAGCUAAAAGUUCCGUUACAAUAAUGAAAAGUAACGGAGAAGCUGGCGGAUUCCUCGACUGACGUUAAAUCGUUUAGACGUUCCAAAAGGUAAAGAAAUAGAACUAUUGAUAUCGGAGUAUAACAAAGAAAUGAAAUCUAUGAAAUUUUACCAAAACCAAAAUACUGUAAAGCUUUUAAAAUAAAAGGAUGUUCGGCCAUAUCAAAUGCUUUAUAAAAGUCUAAAAAAAGAAUCACACCAUCAUCUUCAAUUAAGUGAUUAUAAUCCAAUAGAUCUAAAACUAAUCUAAUAUUAUUGUGGAUAGAAUGAUUCUUAAGGAACCCAGAUUGUGUUUCACUAAUAAUCUGAUCUAAGCCGUCCUUUAAUCUAUUUGCAAUAACAAGAGCAAGAAUUUUAUAAUCUGUAUUCAAUAGAGUAAUUGGUCGUAGAUUAUCGAUUAAUCUUUACCAGGUUUGUGAAUAAGGGAAAUAAGACCCUGUUUCAUUGUUGUUGCUAAUGUUUCAUUACUAAUAGUUUCCCUGAUAGUUUUGAAGAAAAAAUCUUUUAUUUCUUUCCAGAAGAAUUUAUAAAAGAUGGCAGUCAAGCCAUCCUGACCAGGAGCUUUGCCCAUGUUCAGUUUGUUUAAGGCUUGAUCUAAAUCAUCCAGUGAUAUGUCAGAAUCACAAAUUUCUCUGAAUACAGAAUCGAUUUUUGGAAUAUAAGGUUCAAUCUGAUCACAAAAGGUAAUUGAAUCAGUAAUUAAAUAUUUAGAUGAGUAUAAAUUUGAAUAAAACUUAUGUAUUUCUUCUGCUACUAUAGUCUUGUGAUUUGUGCAUUCUUCCCCAUUUACAAUUAAUGUAUAAAUAGAUUUCUUCUCUUGCCUCCGUUUCUCCAGAUUGUAGAAAUAUGAAGUACUUUAUUCACCUUCUUCUAUCCAUUUUGCACGAGCUCUAAUGUAUGCUCCAUGAGCCUUUUUCUUGUAUAAAUCAUCUAAUUGAGCUUGAAAAGACAAAGGGGAUUUCUUAUAAGCCUCUGACAUAAACUGUCUAUUACAAUAGUUAUUUAAAUUGUAAAGUAGUGUAGUGAUCUGUAGUUGUAUAUUUAUACACAAUAAUUAGAUCAAAAUAUUAUAAUCAGAAGUGGUUGUUUUUAUCAUCAGGGAGUUUACUUAAACACUCUGUAUUGACUGAGAGACAAGAAAAGAGAGAGUUGGGAUCGUUUAAGAAUCUUUAAUUUCUAUAAUUAUAAAUUCUUACAAUCUACCAGGACCAUAGGCGUCAUUUUAACCGGGGACGCCGGGGACAUGUCCCCGGCAAAAUUUGUGAUUGGCAGCUGUGUCCCCCCCACUUUCAAAAAAGCCUGCUGAUGAGGAUUUUUGUUUUACCAGCUCAGAUCUUUUACCAGGGAUCGGCAACCUGUUCCCAUCAAAGAGCCAUUAUUACCCGUUUCCCACAGUAAUGAAAACACUGGGAGCCACAGCAGCGCAGCGUUGUGGGCGGGGCCUACCCUCAGACAGCAGAGAGCUGCUCACAACCAGGUGACAGCAGCCGGUACCAUGGGCGUCGCACCCGUGGGGGAUUCAACACCCACACUUUUCCAGCUGUUUGCUCACCUCCACUCCAGUCUGGUUUCUUUACGUUGCACUCACUCUGUUUGCCUCAUCUCCUUCUUCACCUCCACUUCUGACAACCGAUGUCGGGUUUCCAGGAGAGCAGGAGAGGGAGGGACGGAAGAGCUCGACUGAAUUCAUAAUUUUACAUCUUGAAUUUAGCUGUACAAAGUCUGAGUUUGAUAAAGUGAAGAACAACAAUUUGCAGAGGUUUAUAACGGGCGCAGCGCCAGGUUUUCAUUUUUGGGUGGGCCACGGUAAUUUUGGACGGACCUUAAUAAGCAGUGACUUAAGUGAAGCAGGCAGGUCGCGCUAGAAAAUUUCGUUUAAAAAGACGUCAUAAAUGUUUUUCCCGUCAUUUUUAUUUAUAAAAUAUGAAGUAAAAACUCACAAUUUAAUUUUCAUUCAUUUGUCAUUAAUUAGUCUACACCCGUGCGUUAAGUGGACCAUCUUCCAGUAAAAGAAAAGCAUCCGGCCCACCUCUCCAAAUGCGUAAAAUGUGCAUCACAGCCACUAGGCGCACCGCGCGCACCGUCAGCUGUCAUCCCAGACAAGAGCAGAGCAACUAGAGAAAGAAUAGAGGAUAAAUGUGUCUGGAUGUGGAUGGAGAUUACAUUUUACAGCAGCCUGAUCAUCAUUUAAAUACAUAAACCAUCACCUGUCUUCUAGUCCACGCUAUCAGCAUUAUGUUAAUUGGUGUGUGUGUGUGUGUGUGUUUUCCACUUCAAACACUGGUCUAACCAACCAGACCAGCGUGUCCAGUAACACAUUAAUGUUACAAUUAAACAGUUUCACUUCAUGUAGGCUAGGAACGUUUCACCUGCCGUAGCCCGACCGCUUCUGCUCCACAUGAACUUUGUGCGUGACCAAAUAUCUCUACAGGUGCUUUCUGAGCUGAAGAGGCGACUGGAUGCGUCAUGCGUCUCCAUAUUGGAGACGGGAACAAGCGCUAUUCAGCCAAACUUUCAUAAUUUCAUAAAAAUAACAUUUUCCAAGUGACACAUCCCUCAGAGAGACCGGGUUUCCAGACCGCUUCAGUGGGAGGAAAUCAACCAACAUCCUUGAGUUUAUCCGUCAAAAUAAACAGUCAAAUGGAAAUAUCUGUAACCUGUCGUUUAACUGUUUUGCCUUCUUGUGAAGAUUGUUGCAAAGAGAAACAAUUAAACCUGAUUAACCCCAGAGCCACGCGCACUGCACUGUACUUCCUGACUGUAAAUGAGGGGGAGACGAUUUAAUCGGAUCCUUUUCUUUUCAACAUGGUUUAAUGUAAAGUUUCAUUCAGUACAAACUUUAGUUACACCAAUCUAACGAGACAGAGCCUGGAUUUGUAUUCUGAACAGUUUAAACAUGUUUAAAACUGAGACAUGCGUGACGCGUCUAAAAUUCGCACCUGCUCCGCUAUUAUGGAAAUUAAACUAACAGGAUGAAUAACAUGAAAUUAUUUUAGGCACAGACAACAUCCACCACACUUUUGAAAAGCUUGCAACGCGCCUG